UAGUCUUGCGAGCGCCAAGAGACAUGGGGGCAAUGGAUGACCACUGGAGCACCUCGUCUGCACCACGCGUUCCACGUCUCCGGAUGACUAAAGUUCACAUACCUUUCACAUUCAGGGUACUUGAUUCAUCCAAUUCUGAACCUUAUAAUGAACUUCGUUGCGCAGUAUCAUCCCGCGUGGCGUACUCCCUGCUCGCAUUUUGGGCUGUGCCCAUAAUUGACCUGCACCGGGCUCUGUGGAGGCCUUGGCCCGAACUCAGAGCUCUCCUUGAGACCCUUGCCUACAAAGGUAGCCCUGAAAAGGAAACGGAAGCUGAGAAUCCUGCUACCGAAAAGUAUUGUGAUUGUGAUAAAAGUUGUGACAGUGAAAAAGUAUCUUGUGAAAAAUGUUCUUAUAGUGAUGAGAAAGAUGGAUUAAAGUUCAGAAGGAAAGGAGAUACGCCAUUUAGUCAUGCGCAUCGCGAAUGCAGGACCGGUGUCGCCCACGAGGAGAAGUCGAUGACAUUGAGGCCUCCAUGGCCUGGAGAGCCUGGGCCACUUGGAGAACCUCCGAGGCAGGAUUAUCCUUUGGUAGUGUUACUCAAACGAGAGGAUGAUCAAACCGAAAACGAUCUGCAAAGUUCCGAUGAGACUGUCGCUUUGGUGAAUGUUGUUCAUCUGCGAGAUCCAGUCUGCCCUUUACCUACAUCUAUGUUAGGACAAUAUUUAAAACAAAGCAGUGGUCAAUUAUCGACGCUAAAGCAAUUGUACCUGGCCACACCAGGUGAUACCAACAGCGCAAACGACAUGACCCAGGCGCAGUUUUCGGCCAGUGACCGUGAUUCGACCUAUUCUAGUCUGAUAGGGCAACCCGACCAGCUCUGCGUCGUGUGUCAAUGUUUUCCGCUGUCGAGGGCUCUGCUUCCUUGCAGGCACACGUGUAUAUGUGCAAUUUGUUUUAGUAAAUUAGAUAGAUGCCCGAUGUGCAGGGCACCGAUAUCAUCGUUCUUCACGAUUCGAGCCGAGGAUUACAUCCCGCAGUCGGCGAUUCCCGCCCACCACACGACGAGGAGCGGCAAAGGCGGCGCGGCCAUGUGGCUGGACGCGCUCAACGACAGGCUCACCGACUUCCUCGGAUUUCGAUAGCGACCGUAGUAUUAGGUUAGUUUUAAUUAAGAUGUUUAUUGAU